UUCACUCUCAUAAUUCACUACUCAAAAUCAAAUAAAAAAAAAAAAAAAAGUUCUCUCAACCUACAUAUACACUUACACACAUUACUCCAAAACAUCAAAACUAUUUAUACGCAUAUUGAAAUGGCCCUUGAAGCUUUGAACUCUCCAACUGGCACAUCAAACACACCAUCGUUUCAAUUCGAGAGCAACAACCAGUUGCGUUACCUCGAAAGCUGGACUAAGGGAAAAAGAUCAAAAAGGUCACGUAGCAUGGAACGACAACCUACUGAAGAAGAAUACUUAGCUCUUUGCUUAAUCAUGCUUGCACGUAGCGAUGGUUCUGCUAAUCAAGAACCAGCGAAGAAAACCCACGCGCCGCCAGCUCCAGUGAUGAAAACCCACGCGCCUCCUUCAGAGGAGACGUUGUAUAAGUGUUCAGUUUGUGGUAAGAGUUUUGGUUCUUACCAAGCUUUAGGUGGACACAAAGCUAGUCACCGUAAACUCAUCAACGGUAACGGUAACGGAGAUGAUCAUUCAACUACAUCCACCACCACUAACGCAACAGGAACUACUAGCUCCGUUACCGUUACCGGUAACGGGAGUGGGAGGACACAUGAGUGUUCAAUUUGUCACAAGUGUUUUCCUACUGGACAAGCUUUGGGCGGACACAAAAGGUGUCACUAUGACGGCGGUAACGGUAACGGAAAUACUAACAGUAGUGUCAGUGCUAGCGUGGGGGUGACGUCAUCAGAGGGUGUGGGGUCCACUGUUAGUCAUCACCGUGAUUUUGACUUGAAUAUUCCGGCGAUACCGGAAUACUGGAAUGGAUUUGGUUCGGGUGAGGAUGAGGUGGAAAGUCCACAUCCAGCGAAGAAAUCACGUCUAUCUCUGCCACCAAAAUUUGAAUUAUUCCAACAGUAAUUGGACUUUAUUGAUUGCUAGGAUUUAUGAAUAUUGUAGACAGGUUAUAUGUAAUUUUUUCUUUUCAUUGUGGGUGGGCGAAUAUUUUUAAAUUUUUGUCUGUAUAUAGAUUAUAGACCUAGCUAGUUGAUGUUGUAGCGAAAAUUCAAUUGAUUGAAUUAUUUUUUGUGGAA